AUUUACUAAACCGAGAUUAAACGUGUCGUACCGAUCGACAGAAUUACCGACGAUUCCUAAAUGUUACAUUUUCUGAAAGGGAAAGACAGUUGCAGUGAAAUCUGAAAGUGACAGUUUAUUACACAAAUCAUAAGAACGCGAAAGGAGGGUCUCGUGGUGGGCGUGGCCAACUCUUGGUUUGGUUGCAUCGCAGCGCAUACACAAUGGCUGCUGGAAAGAGGGGAAAGCAAACAAUUUUUAGGCCCGCCGCGUCCAGCAAAAAAUAUGAGAAAAAAAAUAUUAAAAAUCCGGAAAAUAGUUGAAGGUCAAGAAAAAUACCAUAGAAAGGAUGUUAACGCUCUCACGGGCCUUGUGUCUCCGCUGUGUUGAAGAUUUGGGCUGUCACUCUCUCUCUGUGCUGGGACAUAUCACUCGUGUCCACCGCAUGGCUUGUUGUCGCUAAGUUGCCAUGGCAACGGUAUCUUCAAACGACUGCCCCACCAUGGCAGAACAUUGUCGAGUGAGGAAGAAGAGAGUAGAGGGGAAAGUGAGGAAGAACUUCUCCUGUCAGUUAUGUGAGAAGGCCUUCAACAGCUUGGAGAAGCUGAAGGUACACUCAUACUCCCACACAGGGGAAAGGCCGUAUCACUGCACACAAACUGACUGCACCAAGGCCUUCGUCUCCAAGUAUAAACUCUUAAGGCACAUGGCCACACACUCUCCAGAAAAGACACACAAGUGCAGCUACUGCGAGAAGAUGUUCCACCGUAAAGAUCACCUGAAGAACCACCUUCACACACACGACCCCAACAAGGAGGCUUUCAGCUGCACAGAAUGUGGCAAGAGCUACAAUACCAAACUAGGCUUUCGAAGGCACCAAGCCCUUCACGCCGCACACCGUGGAGACCUCACCUGCCAGGUGUGUCUGCAGUCAUAUCCAAGCACUCCCCAACUGCUGGAGCACCUCCGUGGGCAUGCAGGAAAAAGUGCUACAACAACUAAGGAAAAGCGACAUCAGUGUGAGCACUGCGAAAGGUGUUUUUACACCCGUAAGGAUGUGCGACGCCACUUGGUUGUGCAUACAGGACGUAAGGACUUCCUUUGCCAGUACUGUGCACAACGAUUCGGCCGUAAGGACCAUCUUACCCGCCAUGUUAAGAAAAGCCACACUCAUGAGUUGCUGAGUGUUAAGGCAGAGCCUGUAGAUUCGAUGGAGUCACAAUCCUCCCCAACAUCUGGGCCUCUCUCUCUAAGGUACCCAAUAGGUCAUGCUUCUUACUCGCCACCGCCGCCACUGAGGGUAGAACUUGAAAGUUAUCUCCUAGAGCUACAGGCUGAAGAUACACCCAAGCUGAGUGCUUCUACAAUGGUGACUGGAGAGACAACACCAUCCCUGGACUUCCUGUCCCCACUGUUUAAUUUUCUGCCUUACAACCAAGGGGCAGGGCCUACUUUGGGAGUGACUUACAGCCAGGAGGAGGGGCUACUGACCACUCCUAUGCAAGACACAUCAGAGCAUCUUAGACUCUUUCACACAAUCACACAUUCACACACAUUGGCACAAACCAAUGCACGCACACCGAGUUAUACACAUCAACCAUCUCUGAAUACAACCACCACCCUGCCUCGCUUCCACCAAGCCUUCCAGUAACCCAAAUACAUUCACACACUUACAAUUUUUGUAGCAUUUAUUAAAACACUCCUAUGUUUAUUAUCAACUUAGCCCUUAAUCAAAUUUAUACAAGCAUUGAGUCUCUUAAAUCUUGGCAAAGCAGCAGUCUAUUUCCUCAAGCCAGUACCACAUUUUUAAGGAAAGUCUUGAGGACGGUAUCAC